GUUAACUGGAGAAACUGCCCGUUAAAGAAACUAGAAUAGUUGUUAAAACGUACGAUGUCGUAUACGCAGUUUGGGUAUGGAACGUACCCUUCGCAUGCUCAGAUUAUUGGGAGUUCAGGACAGACAGGCCCGGUAUUUUGUGACGGUACGCGUGCAAGUUUGACGACGGAUGGUCCAUCACAUACAGCGCCGGGUGUUUGUCCACUUCCUUUCGAGAACCGUCUGAUUUCGUCUUACCCUCAACUGUCAACGGCAAUGACAGGUUCUUCUCCGCUGUAUAAUGGUUCACCUUACUCCACAGACCCGAGCAGCUAUGGCAUUGUUCCAAAGCUAAACACUCCGGCAUUUUGCACGGCAACGGCUUUAGAUCCAGCAUAUCCAGGUAAGGAUUCAACAGAUCCAUGGCUAGGACUGAUCCAACAAGCUCCGUAUUGCUACGACCCCUCAUUGUCUGGAUAUAGGAAAUUUAGUCUGUUUUUAGAAACAGCCAAGUCAUCCAAACUACAAUAUAACAAUCAAGUAGAUGUCCAUUAUGACAAAUUUUUUUGA